GCGAUUAGUUCACACAUCCAUUCCCUAUGUCUGCAAGGCUACACUCUAGCACUGUCAGGAGCGAACUGAGCAAUGGCCACAUGUCAACGAAAUAUUCUUCGCUCGCAUCUGUUUUCAGGCACAGAUAUGGGUCAAACUUCAUUCAUCUUCCUCAUGUCUGCAGUCUUCCUCAGAGGUGCUACUGUUAUGAUAGGUGAGAAAUGUAAAGAUUACGAGUCUGAGAGGACUUUCUCCAUUCAUGGGGAAGCUGCCUUUCUCAACUGCAUGCUGGCCAAAGCUCACGUCUUCAACUACAGUGUCACGCCCUACAACAUCUCCUGGUAUGACCGGAGGACUGGGAGGCAGCUGUUUGGAGAGACAGGGAGGAUCCAGGUUCAAAAGAGCAUGCUGUGGUUCCUGACCACUACCUUGGAGGAUGCUGGCUACUAUCAGUGUGUUCUGAGAACUCCUGACCAGUGCUUCCAACAAACCUCAAUGCUGAUUGUGAAUGAGACCAUGGCAGAGUACUGUCAACACCCAGUCACAGAAACUCAGGAGCUCACCAUAGUCAGCAAUGACUUUUUGGUCUGCAAAAUAACUUUACCUUUUAUGGCCUCCAAGGAUACUAUCCAGUGGUACAAGAAAGCCAGUGGUGUCUCUGCUGCACAGAGCUGUGAGCUGAUCCAGAAGGGGGAAAAGUACGGGUCUGCCGGCGAGAGACUCCUUGUGCAGAACGUGUCUCCCAGUGAUGAAGGCUUUCACACCUGCCGUCUGAACUUCACUCUCUCCGGAGCAGUCGGAUACAUGGCCAUGACAAUCUACCUUAAAGUCAGAGAUGAAUGGAAUUUGAAGCCCAAAAUGAUUAAGCCAAACAAUGAGGAGAUCGAGGCAACGUGUGGGUCUCCCUUCAGUGACAUCUGCCAGGUGCAUGUGCCAGGCAGAGGGAAUAACACAGUGGUUGUCAGCUGGUGGAGGGAAAAGAAGGAUGUAGGGCCAGAGUUAAUUUCUUCCAAUUCUUCAGUCCGUGUGCACCAGGCUUUUAAAAGAAAAGAAAAGGGAGAAAAUGAAGAGAAGCUUGAAUUGGUGUUGAGGUUCACUGAAGUAAAGGAGGAGGAUUUUAGUUACACAUACGUAUGUGUUGUCCAUAGUGAUAAAGGAGGCGUAAGAGGAAACUUGACUUUGAAACGAUCCUAUCCAGACCUCCCGACCCAUAUAGCUCUAGUGUUCUUGGGCCUGGUGCUUCUCUUCACCAUGGGCACUGUCGCAUACCAGCUGCUGAAGAUAGACCUCGCUCUGUGGUGCAGAGGCUCCUUCCCGUGUCUCUACCCAAGGCCAGGGGCUGAUGGGAAGGCGUAUGAUGUGUAUGUGCUGUAUCCUGGAAUGUGUGAUGUGGGCUCCUGUGGGCGGAGCCUAGCGGAGGCGUUUGCACUACACACCCUGCCCCAGGUUCUGGAGCGCAGAUGCGGGUACAAGCUCUUCAUCUUCGGCCGGGACAGCCUGCCUGGGGAGACCAUGGUGGACAGCAUCCGGGACAAUAUUGCCAAGAGCAGCCAUUUCCUGCUGCUGUACACUGCCUCCACCUUCUCUGAGUGGGGUGGGGCUGGGGGUGAUGGCCACCUCCUCUUUGCCCAGCAGACAGGCAUGCACUGCGCCCUGGUGGAGGAGACGCUGCGUGUCCUCCUGGUGGAGCUGGAGAAGGUGACAGACUUCUCUACCUUCCCAGAGUCCUUGCUGCACCUGAGGAGGAAGCAGGGGGCGCUGGAGUGGUGGAGGCUGGGCGGGGCAGGGGAGCAGCAACUCCGCCCCUCCUCACGGUUCUGGAAGCAGGUGCGGUACCGCCUACCCCCACAGGGCAGGUGCGGGGCAUGUCCAGAGAGGGCCACCUUGCUGAAUGUCUGAAGGUGAUUAAUGGGGUUGUAUGUGGUGUGCUCACACACUCCAAAAUGUAUGAAAUUCCCAGGAUAGUUUGGAAAAGCCAGAUGUAGCCAGAUGUAGAUGUAGAUGUUCUGCCUCCUUAAUACAUAAACUGGCUGACAAGCUGGUCACCAGUCAUCACCCUGAGCCGACCAGAGGAGGAUGGGCUUCCCCCUUGAGCCUGGUUCCUUCCAAGGUU